GAGGGAAAACAUGGCCCUCACAUUGGUAACGUUGUUCAUCACCAGCCUGUUUGCUUUUGCUUAUUUACAACCGUUGUCUUUACUGGAAGAGAACUAUCAGUUCAAACAGUGGAUGUCACAUCACAACAAAGUGUAUGACACCGAAGAGUACUUCCGUCGCCUCCGCAUCUUCACUGAGAACAAGGAGAUAGUUGAUGGCCACAAUGCCGAGACUCACUCCUUCACGAUGGGCCUGAACCAGUUCUCAGACAUGACAUUUGAAGAAUUUAGGAAAUUCUUCCUCCUGCAGGAGCCUCAGAACUGCUCGGCCACGAGGGGAAAUCAUGUCGGCAGGCGUGGCCCUUAUCCCAAAUCUGUAGAUUGGAGGACUAAGGGCAACUUUGUGACACCAGUGAAGAACCAGGGUCACUGUGGAAGCUGUUGGACCUUCUCUGCGACGGGAUGUUUGGAGUCAGUGAACGCCAUUGCCACCGAAAAGCUAAUAUCUCUGUCGGAGCAGCAGCUGAUAGACUGUGCGCAGGGCUUCAACAAUCAAGGAUGCAUGGGUGGGCUUCCAAGUCAGGCGUUUGAGUACAUCAAGUACAGCAAGGGUCUCAUGACAGAAGAGGACUAUCCCUAUAAAGGCUAUGAUGACACCUGCCACUUCCACCCCGCGCUUGCCGCCGUUUUCGUCCACGAUGUCGUCAACAUUACAAGUUAUGAUGAACAGGCCAUGGUGGACGCCGUGGCCCGGCUUAACCCUGUGACUUUUGGCUUUGAGGUGACCGACGACUUCAUGCAAUACAAAGACGGUGUUUAUACCAGCACUCUGUGUAAGAACAAGGCCGACUCGGUCAAUCACGCCGUCCUGGCUGUGGGUUACGGUGUUGAUGACGGUCCGACACCGUAUUGGAUCGUGAAGAACUCCUGGGGUGCCACCUGGGGAACGGACGGAUAUUUUCUGAUCGAGCGAGGAAAGAACAUGUGCGGACUGGCAACCUGCGCUUCUUACCCACUUCCUUUGGUUUGAGAAAUAACAUGCAGGAAUUCCUGUAUAAUAAAAACCGCAAGGGAAUAAGCAAAUAUGAAUAUAAUGUUACCAAGGCGGCGGCACGGUGAGCGACUGGUUAGAGCGUCUGCCUCACAGUUCUGAGGACUGGGGUUCAAAUCCCGGCCCCGCCUGUGGGGAGUUUGCAUGUUCUCCCCGUGCCUACGUGGGGUUUCUCCGGGGACUCCGGUUUCCUCCCACAUCCCAAAAACAUGCAUGUAGGUUCAUUGAAGACUCUAAAUUGACCGUAGGUGUGAAUGUGAGUGCGAAUGGUUGUUUGUUUAUAU